GAACUUUAGAGCUGUAUUAUAAUGGCAAGAGUAGAGUAAACUACAAAAUCAAAUAUGUACAAGUUUGUCACAUUCAGGGCUCGAAUCAGUGCCAUUUGAUUAAAAAUCACAUGACCAUUCGGGUGAAUUUAUGAGUGCAACAAUGUUAUACUUGAUAUUUACAAGUGACCCACAUAUUGUUACCAUAUUUAACGAAAACAAAAGAAUUAUUCCAAAUUAUUAAAUCUUUUUGCAUUUGCACCGCUUUAUUAUUUCAAAUGAUGGAAAUUCCUAAACGAAGCUGUUUUGCCAGUACGAAUGUACGUAAUUAGGGGCAUUUCUAAACCAAGAUUGAUAGUUAUCUUGUAUGUUUUGAAUCUGGAACAAAAAGUUGGAAAAAUGUCAUUCAGAUAAGUUGUAAAUAAGUUUAGCUUGCAAUACAAUACAUGUUUGGAUAUUUUUUAAACACCUAUUACACCUUUCCUUAACUGUCGUAUUUCUUCGUUACUCAAGUCUCUUAUCUUCGAAAUUAGAUAUUCGGCUAGCAAGCUGUGUGGCUUUAGAUAUUUCAAAUAUCGAUCUGUCAAACCUAUUUAUAUACAAAACUGGCUUUUCCAAUUCUAUUUUUAUUAAACAAAAAAGUAGACCAAUUUCGCGCUUCUGUGGAAUGCUAGUAAACUGGUUUUCCAACGAUAGCAUGAAAUGAAAAUUGAAAAACAUAAAUCAGCACACAAUAUUUAUAUUAAGUGAAAUUGCUGAUUUAAGUGAAUUAUGACGUUAGGAGAUAUAAAACGUAUGAGAGAGAAGUACGAGGCUGCCAUGGUUUUGAGUGGUGUAGGUGACGCACUUGGAUUCAAAAACGGAGAAUGGGAAUAUUGUACAUCUGGGGAUCAAAUACAUUCAGAAGUGCACAGUCGUGGUGGACUGGAGAACAUUGACGUUCGCCUACCAGAUUGGAGAGUCAGUGAUGACACAAUAUUCCACAUAGCAACUGGAAAGGCUCUUGCUGAGCAUGGGAAGAUACGAGAGAAAAUGCCUCUUUUUAGAAAAUUGGCCGAAGAGUAUAAACUGCGUGCCUCUGCUCUUAGUAAGCGGUCACCAGGAGAAGUAACUCUGCAAUCCUGCCGUCAACUUGACCCUUGGACCUUCAAUGGACACAUGAUACCGUUCAAUCCGAAGGGUGGUGGGUCAGGUGCUGCAAUGCGAUCUAUGUGUAUUGGACUAAGGUUUUGGAAGAAGGAACAGAUUCAGGACUUGGUGCACGUGAGCGUCGAGGCUGGCAUGAUGACUCAUCAUCACCCCACUGGUUACUUAGGUUCACUGGCGUCAGCGUUGUUUACGUCGUAUGCCAUACAGGGAAGACCCACACGAGAGUGGGGAGUGGAACUUCUGAAGAAUCUCCCUAUUGCCGAGGAAUAUGUCAAAUCUAGGAAAGAGUUUGUGCGAGAAAACAUGUCUGCAUGGCCUUUCUUUGAGAACAGUUGGAAAGCGUACUUAAAAACAAGAGGAAUUCAAGACGGUCGAAGGGAACCGCGCUUUCCAGAAAAUUUCAACGUCGCAGCAAGAGACACAUUUUACCGAACGCUCAGCUAUGAUGGAUGGGGAGGGAGCAGUGGACACGAUGCGCCAAUGAUCGCCUACGAUGCACUGCUUGGCUCCUGUGGAAGCUGGCGAGAGUUGUGCAACAGGGCCAUGUUCCACGGGGGUGACAGCGACACCACAGGGGUCAUAGCGGGGUGUUGGUACGGCGCUCUAUACGGAUACGCCGGCGUCCCUGAGAGGAACUUCAAAAAUUUGGAAUUCGGGACUCAGCUUCGAGAAAUCGGGAAGCGUCUUUAUGAUAUUUCACACUGAACGCAUACGUGUCCGUGUGGCAUAUAAACUGUGCAUGUAGCGUUAAGCAUGUUAGAACUUAAUAAUGUACAUGUUUUUAUGGUAAUAAUAUUUUCAUAUUUUACAGCCGUUAUACAUGCACUUUGUUUUGCACAUGUAUUUAAUAUAAGUAUAUAAUUGUAAACUGUCACAUAUUGUAAGCUGGCGUAUAUUGAUUAUUGGCAGAUAUGCAAAAUACAUGUCAUUUUUAAAGAACUUGCCGAAUAAGACAAUACGUAUGUAACACAAUCUGUUUCAAGUUUUUAAAACGCUUACAAACUAACUUAUUGAAAUCAAAUAACUUGUAAACAAUACUUACCAAAUAGAACGAUUCAUCCAUAUAACCAAUACUGUUUUUAGAGUUAUUUGAAGUGCAGUGGGUACAUGUCAAAGAUUAAACCUUAAAAUCUAAUUAAAGGGUGUGCGUUACCAUUAAAACACCCUUCUCACUUACAUUGUAUUUUCUUAACAUUUUGAAGUAUAUAAUUUUUAUUUUAUGCAGAUUGUGUUAAGCCAAUUUAUUGUGUUGUUGUUCUUGUUGUUGUUAACGGGUUUAAAUUAUCAGUGUGCAGAAUCAACGGGGUUUUCAGUGGUUUACACACGGACUGGGCAAAAUGUAAACACACCGUAAAGAACUUUUUUUUUUAAAUAUCUCAGUUAUUUAAAUACAUUUGCAAAAAUCUUUAGUGCAUAAAAGACAGUUCUUUUGCAGUUUGUGCCGGUUUCUUAAGCUAGAAGAAUAAAUCCUUAAAUAUGUCUGAAAUCGAUGACAAAAUUUCACGUUGCGUGAAGCAUAACCGUAUUUAUAGAAUUUUUGAACAAGAACACAUGCUAAUUGAAUAAAGUAAUACUGAUGUAUUUUACCUUGCAUCAGCAUAAAAAUCUGCCUUGUAUGUACUAGUUUACAUUCUUGAGAAAAAUUGUUUAAAAAAUGUAUUUGAAAAAAGAGCACCACUUACCAUCGUGUAUACAUCCUUUAAAGUUAAAAGGGGGAACCCCACAAAGUAACGUGAUCCUGCACUCUGAUGAUUUGUUAUAAGUAUAGCAUUGUGUGAUAUAUUGUGUUAUAAUGCAAUUUCAUUUGUAAAUAAAUGGUAAGAAAAUU